AUGUAUCUCUUCUCCGCCGCCUGUGAGAACUUUGGUCUGCUCAUCAACACGGAAAAGACAGUUGUCAUUCCCCAACCGCCACCCAACACAGUCCACAAUGCGUCGCAGAGCAGCGCGAACGAAACCCAACUGCAGGUGGUGGACAACUUCACGUGUCGGGACAGCACCCUCCCCUCCAAAAUCGACAACCAAGUGGCCAGCCGCAUUCCCAAAGCCACUCAAGCCUUCGGCCGUCUGCAAAACAUCGUAUGGAGCCGUCACGGUCUCCAUCUCAACACAAAGCUGAAGGUGUACAAGGCAGCCAUCCUGACGACGCCGCUGUAUGGAGCAGAGACCUGGACGAUCUACACGAAGCAAGUGCAGAGACUCAAUCCCUUCCACCUCAGCUGUCCCCGACGGAUACUGAAGCUCAGGUGGCAGGACCGAAUCCCGGACACUGACAUACUGGAGGGGACGGGAAUGCUCAGCCAUGCUGAGACAACUGCAACUGCGUUGGAGCGGCUACCUCGUGCGGAUGGACGACGAGCGGCUACCCAGACUCUUCUAUGGAGACGUCGCCACGGGUUCCCGCAGCCAAGGAGCCCAAAACCGUCGAUACAUAGACCCUCUGAAGACCUCUGUGAAGCGUCGGAAGAUAAGCCCGGCCAACUGGGAAGACCUCGCUCGAGACUGACUGACCUGGAGGAGGACAGUGAAAAGUGGCGGAGCAAUCUGAGAGGCAAACCGCAUUGCCGCCUCAAAAGCCAAACGAGGAGCACGCAAAUCUCAGCUGUGCCCACCUGGAAACGAAAAACGACCAACCGCACCAAUUGCACCUGUUGA